GUGUGUGCGUUCGUAUGUGUGUGUGUGCGCAGCAGACAGUCCAUCCCAUUCUGUCAGGCCAGGCCACACUUGAUUGGGGACAUACAUCCUUGCCUUGCCUGAGCUCGAGCACUAAAACAGACCUGGAUAAGCGGUGAUUACAAGCAGAUGCACAGAUGACUGAAGCGCAGGGGGGUUGACAGGGACCGGAGAAAAAGUUUGGAUGGUCUGUGCGAUGCGACGACAAGCACCAUGUCCUUAAUGAAAAGGACACCUGUGUCGCCUUUGCUCCAAGGACUACUAUCCAGCAGCCCUGCACUGUGGUGGCACGACCGGGCAAACCCCACUCUGAUCUGACCGCCUGCUGGGCUUCAAAGUGGAUGGAAAUCUCCGAGGCGUGAAAAAAUGCGGUUGUGGAUUAUUUUACUGCUCAGUUUUGGGAGUGCCUGUGGGGAACUGCCAUUCAUAGCAGAGAACAAUGCGGCGAUGUUGGUCAACUGGAAUGCUGUUGAUGGGAACAAAAAGCUGUACGCCAUCUAUGAUACGAGCGUCAACGAACCGGGGAACAUGUCUUUUGUCAAAGAGACUGUGGACAAACUGCUGAAAGGAUAUGAUAUUCGUCUCCGGCCAGACUUUGGAGGUGCACCGGUGGCUGUGGGCAUGAGUAUAGACGUGGCCAGUAUAGACAGGGUGUCAGAGGUCAACAUGGACUACACACUGACCAUGUACUUCCAGCAGUACUGGAGAGAUAAGAGACUGGCCUAUGCAGGGAUCCCUCUCAACCUGACACUGGACAACAGAGUAGCAGAUCAGCUCUGGGUCCCUGACACCUAUUUCCUCAAUGAUAAGAAGUCCUUUGUGCAUGGUGUCACCGUAAAGAACCGUAUGAUUCGGCUCCACCCAGAUGGCACUGUUCUUUACGGCCUCAGAAUCACGACGACAGCAGCCUGCAUGAUGGAUCUGAGGAGAUACCCGCUGGACGAACAGAACUGCACCCUGGAAAUUGAGAGUUAUGGUUACACGACAGAUGAUAUAGAGUUCUACUGGAAAGGGGGAGACGCUGCAGUGACGGGGGUGACGCGCAUCGAGCUGCCUCAGUUCUCCAUCGUCGACUACAAACUGGUGUCGAGGAAUGUGGUCUUUUCCACAGGUGCCUACCCUCGACUGUCUCUGAGCUUCAAGCUGAAGCGAAACAUCGGAUACUUCAUCCUACAGACGUACAUGCCCUCCAUCCUCAUCACCAUCCUGUCUUGGGUGUCUUUCUGGAUAAAUUAUGAUGCCUCGGCUGCCAGAGUUGCAUUAGGGAUCACCACUGUCCUGACCAUGACAACCAUCAACACCCAUUUAAGAGAGACUCUGCCCAAGAUCCCAUAUGUCAAAGCCAUCGACAUGUACCUGAUGGGCUGCUUCGUGUUCGUCUUCCUGGCUCUGCUGGAAUAUGCCUUCGUCAACUACAUCUUCUUUGGGAGAGGUCCUCAGAUGCAGAAGAAGCUGGCAGAGAAGGCCCAGAAGGCCACCAAUGACCGCAACAAGUUAGACAGGCCCAAGUCUUCCAUUCUGGAAGGAGGCAAUUGCAAGUCUUCGUCUGUUAAACUGUCCAAUCAGGUACAAGGGCGUCAUCCCUCACAACGGGUCGACUCCCAGGGGAACAUUUUGCUGACAACCUUGGAGAUCCACAACGAGAUGGGAGGGAAUGAGGUCACAACCACCGUGAGCGAGACUCACAACUCUUCCUCCAUGAUGUUUGACAACACGGGGGUCCAGUACAGGAAGCCGAGUGGGCCACGGGAGCCGGGCCGCCUCAGUGUAGACAGAAACGCACAUCUAAAGAAGACCCGUCUGCGGAGACGAUCCUCGCAGCUCAAAAUCAAAAUCCCAGACCUCACCGAUGUGAACGCCAUCGACAGAUGGUCUCGGAUAAUAUUCCCCUUCACCUUCUCCCUCUUCAACCUAAUCUACUGGCUUUAUUAUGUCAAUUAAUGCACUGAUGUUUUUUAAACCCAGCUCGGUCUCAUUCUUGUUUUUGAAUGAGAGAAAACAUUAUGGUGUGACCCUAAUGAACUUUUUUUUACACAGCAGGGCAGACUUUGAUCAGAGAACUGUCACUCAGGCAGUGUGCACAUACACCGUCACCACGAGGAUUUAUCUACAGAAUGUGUAUGUAUGUGAAUGACUCUGCUCUGUUCUGACUCAUGUGGAGACCUGGGACAUUGUACAGUAUCUCAUGGGUUGAAGCACAGACUCUUAUUUAUAUUGUUUUAGGUCAGUUAUGAAAACUGUACCCAUAAUUUCAGUUUAUAAUGUGGUCACUUUGUUACGACAUAUUGCGACUGACAAGACAACUGACAAUGAUUCAUUGUAUUAUUACAUUACAUGAUUCCCUUGUUAUAAUGGUAUACACACACAGGCCAAACUCUGAGUUUAUGAUCUGGACACGAUUUGCACCGAAACCAGACUUGAAGGAAUGGUUGUAAAUUUUGGUAAUAUGCUUUUGUUUGCUCAGAAUAAGUGUAGCAAGAUAAAUAUCACUCUUAUGAUUUUACAAUCGAUAUCAAGUUAUCCACAGCAGUAUUUCGUACCCCCCCAACUAUUCCUUUAAAUUGCCUUGCAGUUGAUACCACCAACUGUUGCUGUUUUGAAAGGUCCACACAGGAACUGCGUUAUAACCUAAAAACACAGGGGGCCUUGUGGAAAUCCAUACCAGCAUUUUAUAAAAGCCAUUAUUCUGUCAUUCACUGCCUCUAUUUAAAAUAAAAUUUUAACAUACUGUUGGAAAUGGGCUUUGAUGAAGUUUGAUGAACAGAUUGACACCACUCUCAUGUUUGUCUGUUGAGUAUAAAGAUAGAUAUAAGCAUAGCUUAGCUUAGCUUAAAGACUGGAAACAUUGGCAAACAGCGAGCCUGUAAUCCAAACAGAUUGUGUCUUUACAGCCGGUUACAUGCUGUAGCAAUUUCUUGGCUGUACAAAACUGGUAAUUUUAAUUUGUUUGUUUCGAUUAAACUGAGAUAUUAAGUGUUAAUUAGUGAGCUUUAGGGCUUCUGGUAAGUGGAUUCCACCAUUGGAUCCGUUUGUUUUUAGCCUUUAUGCUAAGCUAUGCUAAGAGGUGCUAAGCUUGGCUAACUGGUUUUCAUGCUAAGCUAGCACGUGAAUGGUAUCAAUUUUCUCAUCUAACAUUCAACGAGAAAGUGAAUGAAAAUAUUUCCCAAAAUAUCAAACUAUUUCUUCAACAUUUGCAAUUACCCAUUUAAUGUUACUUAUUUGAAAUGAAAAUUCAUAUACAAACCAACAAAUGAAAAAUGUCUCACAUGACGGCAGAAAAAGGUGCCCAUGCUCGUGUAGUAAACGUUUACAUUAUCUUAUCAGUUUACAAUACUUAUUUUAUCUAUUUAUUGUCAUUGUGCUUUUAGGACUGCUGUCAUAUUUUUAAAGUUAUUCAAUACACCAUAUCUCACAUGACGACCUUCUUCUUUCUGUCAGACUGCUUGCUGUAUUUGGGAAUGAGUGCAGAUCACUGUUGCAGAUCUCAUGUCAGGUUUUCUCCUCACGCUCACAUUUCUUGACCCUCCCUGGAGUUUAAUGUACAUACUGUAACUGCACAUUUUCGUUCAGCUCACAUUCAUUACAUGGCUAUGUUGUCAACAAUGUUUUGCUCAGUGAAUUCUGGACUUGCUGUUUUGUUUUGUUGGUCUUUACUCAACAUUAUCAUUUCCUAUUUGUGUUGUAAAUAUAAAACACAAUAUCGCA